UAGACAGAGUUUCGAGUAGUUCUAAUGAUUAUGUUGUUAAUUCGAGUUCAAUGGGUUAUUCUUAUUUAGUGAAAUGUGCACGUGUUGACGAUUCUAACGACCUUCUCAAAGAUUCAGUAGAUACUGAUUAUGAGUCUUGUAUAAAAGAGAAUGAUGAUUCAAUUGAUUGUAAUCAAGAGGUAGUAGAAGAUUCUUUGAAGA